GGAGCCUGGAGAAAGUUUUCUCUUUUUUCUGACGGAUGUUCUUUUUAUAGUGUGAUCAGAACAUAAGUUCAAGGCAGGUUAAAUGGAAGCGCAGAUCUACUUUGACUUCAUUCGAUGGCAGUUCAGAACGCUCGUGUGUUCUGGUGGGGGACGUGAGCAGACGUGGGGGAGGGUAAUAUACUCUCUGAGGGUAACCUAAGAGCUGGGGGAGAGAAGUGGUGAAUUGGGUGUACCGGGUUAAUUUUGUACCAUUAAGGUGUGAUUUGACGGUUUUGAAGUUAGUGCGUUUUUUUAGAACGCAAAUUGAAUCUUAGUCUCUGCACGGGACUAAACAUUUCUUGCAAUGGCCUUUUUGACUGGAAGUACAGUUCGAUUAUUGAGUCGUGUGGUUCAACCAGUUCCAGCUGUAUGCAAUCGAUGUAUGCACCAGUCGUCGUCCAACAAUGCCAUUCAAGCACCUGUCUCAAAACCUGAAGGCAGAACAUCUUGUACACUCAUCCCUGGUGAUGGUGUGGGUCCUGAGUUAGUUUAUUCUGUUCAAGAGGUGUUUAAAGCAGCAGGGGUACCAGUGGACUUUGAACCUUUUUUCUUCUCUGAAGUUAAUCCCACAUUGAGUGCUCCCCUUGAUGAUGUUGCUAAUUCAAUUGCUAAAAAUGGCAUUUGUUUGAAGGGCAUUUUAGCUACUCCUGAUUAUAGUCAUACUGGUGAACUGCAGACCCUAAACAUGAAGUUGCGCCGUGCCUUAGAUCUCUAUGCCAAUGUCGUUCAUGUUAAAUCACUUCCUGGUGUGAAGUGCAGACAUCAGAAUGUGGACACUGUCAUUAUUCGAGAGCAAACAGAGGAGGUUGUCACGCGAGAUAUGAUCAGUGACCAGAAGGGGAAGGGGAUUAUGGCUGGAGAAGAAGUAGUUGGUGUUGUAGAAUGCCUCAAGAUUGUAACAGAGGCAAAGUCGAAGAGAAUUGCAAAGUUUGCUUUUGAUUAUGCAACAAAGAACAACCGUAAGAGGGUCACUGCUGUUCAUAAGGCAAACAUUAUGAAGUUGGGUGAUGGCCUGUUCUUGAAAAGCUGCACAGAGAUGGCCAAGCUUUACCCAAAGAUUCAAUUUGAAACUAUGAUUGUGGACAAUUGCACAAUGCAAAUUGUGUCAAAUCCUCGUCAAUUUGAUGUCAUGGUGACACCAAAUUUGUAUGGAAAUAUUAUUGACAAUUUGGCUUCUGGUCUUGUGGGUGGAGCAGGUGUUGUGGCUGGUGCUAGUUACAGCGCUGAAUGUGUUGUUUUCGAGCCAGGAGCACGACACACUUUCUCAGAAGCUGUGGGUAAAAAUGUGGCCAACCCCACUGCAAUGUUACUCUGUGGUGCGAAGAUGCUAAGCCAUGUAAAUUUACAAUAUUACAGUGACAUGAUUAGAAAUGCUAUCAGCAGGGUGUUGAAAGCCGGCAAGGUGAAGACAAAGGACUUAGGUGGUCAGGCAACCACAAAUGAGUUUACAUAUGCUAUUAUAAACAAUUUGCAAUAAAUUAUAAAUGUAAGAUGAAACACAUGUCAUAGACAAUUGGUAACCUUUCUCAGCUUCAUUCAAUAUUUUUUUCUUAGAAGAGGCAGUUGAAAAAUAGUAACAAUAUGUUUAAUACUGCCAUAUAAAACUUGCGUGUGAUACUAAAAUAAUUACUUCAAAGUUGGCUACAACAUUUUUAAUAACAGAAUAAAAAAUCAUCCCUGUAGAAAAUACAAAACAUUUGUGAAACUGAAUAAUUGAUGGAAGUAGACAUUUCUUUGGUAAUUAAAUUAUAAACCAAAGAUACAAAAGUGUAUGCAUUAUAAUGUGCAGAAAAGAACGAAUUUCAUUAAUUCUUGUUUAAAGGCACUGAUUUGAGCUCAGAAAUUGAGCAAAAUGGAAGUGUUUAAAUUAAAAAUCACUGUUGUAUAGUAAUUUAUUGAAAAUUGUAUCAAGAUGUGUUAAAUGUAAAUAUACGAAAUGUUCUGUUCUCAA